ACGAGCGCUAGCGGGUCACUGGGAAUUAUCACAACCAAUUAAAACCACAGAGAAACAAAAAGGCGAAGUUGAAAAAAGGAAGAAGAAGAAGAAGAAAAUAGACAAAAUACAAAGUACAAUUUCAUCUAAAGUCGGCGUAGAGAAGAAGAAGGAACAUCAAUAGAUUCUGGAUUCUAUUAAGCACACAGCAUAGCAUGUUUCAUCGGCUCUUUUUCAAGUUUAUUACAGUGAUUACAAUUCUGCGGUGAAUUUUUUCAAAACUAAUCAAUUAUGGGUAACGAAGAAGGCGAUGAAGACAAUAGGGGAAAACCUUAUCAAGAAAAAGAUGAGAUGAAACUUUGGGGUAUUUUUGUUUUUGCAUUAAUCGGAGCUACUGCCACAACUUUUGCGGUUACACAAUUGCGAAGUACAGUGGAUUUUGUCUACUCUCAGUUGAGGCAGUCAGCACAGAGAAGUCGAGCUGGGGGUUCUUUUAGGACAAGUUUUCAGGAGGAAGCGUGGAAAAGAUAUAAUUGCAGGAUGCGGGAGGAGUAUGAAGAAGAAAUGGAGAGAGUGGAGCGCAUUCGCCGUAUGCAAAGUGUUUUCAACAGGGAGAGAAACAAACAUAAGAGGAGCUAUGAGAGCUGGCAAGAAAAUGGGCAAAGUGCAUAUCAUCAGCACUUCCAAAGAAAUGACUGGUACUGGAAGGCUGAUACAUCGUUCAGAGACCGGGGAACUAAUUUCAGGGAAGCUCCUAGGGCCAAUGCAAGCAACCCGUUGUCGCAUGAUUACUCAGUUUUGGGUCUUGAUAGGUCUAGGACGAAGCCUUACACGGAUGACGAGAUAAAGUCGGCAUUUAGGGAAAAGGCAAAGCAGUUUCACCCUGAUCAGAAUCAGCAAAACAAAGAGACUGCUGAAGCAAAGUUUAAGGAAGUCAUGAAGUCAUAUGAGGCUAUAAAAUCGGAAAGGAAGAAUGGCACAAGCAGAUAAAGAGCCAUGAUUAAUGCCUGAAAUUUUCUGUAACAUUUUAAAAGGUCAUGUCCACUUGAUGUUGUAUGUUAGUCUAGCUAAUCCAAGUGGUCCUUCAUGAUGGAUUCCUGGGAGACUAUCAAGCCAUUUGCUUCCAGCCUUGUGCUAAUCAACUGGUACACGUAGUCUCUUGACAUUCUUGGCUGCUUAUCGAGGUUUUCAGGAUACGCUUUGCAAUAGGUUCUUGUUUCUUUUUUCUUCAGUUGACGAGUUUUAAGAGUACUUCUACAGCCAGGAUUGUUGCUUUUGUAAUUCCUCUGCGGACUUCCAACUCUUCUGGAAGAGCGCAAUUUGUGACGUGGGAUAGCUGAACAUACGGAUUUACAUUGUAUAUCACACAGGCUUUAGUACACUGUAAGUUAGCUCAAGAUGUCGUCAAAUAAAGAGAGAAAAGGCUGUAAUCAGCCUAUGAAUUUUGCCAUGUAUUAAAUUUGAGUCAAGUGGUUGAUUAUGUUAUAUCCUUACUUGGUAGAAAAGAUAUGUAAGAAACUUCUUGAAAUUGUUCAUUGUAGCAUUCACAAAAGGUCGAACUUUAGAGAAAAUAACAAAUUAUAUGCUAUUAUUUUGUCAAGGUAUAUGCCAUAGAACUUUUACAAUAAUUUCAAUCUCAAGCUUCGAGCUUUUAAAUGA